AUGAUACAUUCAUUGAUGAAAAUGUCUCCACGGAAGGUCCAAGGGGAAAGUACCAAAACCACAAUAGUCACUGGUGUUGAUAUUAUUGUGAACCAGCGCUUUCAGGAAACCAGCUUCACAAAAGUAGCCUACAAGAAGUACAACAAAGAUUCUAUGGAAUCAGUCAAAGUUAAACUUGAAGAAAAGAGGCCAGAUAGAGUAAAACCUUUUGUGGCAGGGGUUACAGAACAAAUCAAGCACACCCUCGUUAAUUUCCAGAACUACCAGUUCUUUAUUGGUGAAAACAUGAAUCUAGAUGGCAUGGUUGCUCUGUUGGACUCUGUGAGGGUGGUGUGA